AUGAAGAAAAUACUUAAAAGCAUAACCUUUGGUCAACAGAAGCCUAAUUUUUGUGAGCAAAAGUUACUAUUAGAGGAAGCACUUGUUAAUGCAAGGCACAUAUUCGAAAAAUACUCCAAAUAUUAUUGUAAGUAUAACUUUAUAGAAAGAUAUUAG